AUGAAAUCGGUAUCUGAAUCAAGUUCAAAAGGCACUGGCGUUAAGCGAACGAUUGACGGUGUGCCUGUUUCUACUCUUUUAAACGCCUCUCCAAUGAAUGCCACAUUGAUCGCAACUCAGGCUCUAUUGAGGACAAAAAAGGUUUUCAUCGGUGGUAUCUCUACGUCAACAACGGCAGAUGAUCUGAGAGUCUUUUUCUCUACCUACGGAGACAUUGACUCUUGCGAACUGAUGUUCGAUAGGGCAACGAAUCGUUCAAGAGGCUUUGCGUUCAUCACUUUCGCAACUGAAUCGGCGGCUGAUAUAGUUUGCCAAAAACAGUUUCACACAGUGAAUAACAAGAAGGUUGAGGUGAAGAAAGCUGUUCCAAAAGAAGUCAUGAGCAAUACUAAUACAUUGCUUAGACAGCGACAGUAUGCGGCCCAAAAUAUGCCACUGGCGACAGCAAAUCGUCAGACCACAGUUGCAGUCACUGGGCCGAGCACAAGCCACUAUGUCGGUGCAGGGGCUACUGCCGUCGCCGCCGUUGCUGCUGCUGCUGCGGCUGCUGCAGGCAAUGUUUCAAGCAUUCAGCCACCUACAGGUCCUACGUUAAUGGUGCCCCAAAUGCUAACGAUGUUCAACGCUUUCCAACCGAAGGCGCAGCAACAGCAACAGCAAUCAAGACUUAAUGUUCCCAACCCUUUACUCUCCGCAUCUCUACAAACUGCGAUCACGCCGUUUCAGAAUUUUAACUAUCUAUUCCCUUACAACUCUCAAAAUGGUGGCAUGUUAGCUCAAACAGACGCAGCAAGUCUGUCUUCGUGUGCCCAACCUGCAUUGCCUACCUCCAGCGUUGUUCCUUAUGACUAUGCAACUGCCUUGGGAGCAUCUUACCCUGGUGCAGCUAGUGCUCUUACUUCCUUCCCUCCGCGACUUCCUCCUGCCUAUUCCACUCCAAUUGGAUUGCCAACAGCGCAGCAGACUUUAAUCGGUGCAACAGCACCAGGAUACGAUUCAGCAGGUUUGAAUAUAGCAACUACCUACCCACAACCUUUGCAAACCACACAAGGGUACAAUGCGAUUGCCACCGCUGCAGCUUUUGCCUACAAUCUUUGCUUUCUACAAGAACAACAAAGCCAAGCUGCUGCAAUGGCCGCUGCAUCAGCUUUACAGAUGUCAGGAUCGUCAAUGCCAGUUGUUACCUCUCCAGCUUCUCCUCUGGGAACAGCAGCGCAGUCGCAGAAUGCUGCUUCGAUCAAUGGACAUCCCAUGAAUGCAAUGGCGAAUCGGCAUCGAAUUGUCAUGCAGCAAAUGCCUCAGCUCAGCAGCAACACCGCUGGUCCGAUGCCACCACUCCAGCCAGUACAAGCUGCAAACUCAUCCGAACAGACGCCAACGUCCCAAUCAAAUGCCACUGCCACAGACGUCAACUCAGGCCUCUACAUCAUGCCCGCAAAAAUUCCUCGGUAA